GUCGUAACAGGCAGUCAGCCGCCAUUUCUGCCUCUUUGGGCUGAAUAUCUGAGUCUGACCCCUAAAGCUAGAUUCUUCCAGAUCUGGUCCAGGCGUUCGUGUUCGUGUUCAUCAUCCGGCGAACACCUGCAUAACCUGCUGCAUGGAUGCUGAGCAUGCCACCAUGUCGGCUUUAGUCUCUGGGCAGCAUGUGCAGGGCAUGUAUGCCUUAGAGACGGUCAGAUUGUUGAUCUCGAUGGCGCCGUUGGUCUUUGUUACUCCUUGCGUUAUAUUCAAGCUACAACAUCUCCCCUGCUUAACCCUACCCAAAGUGUUCUUCAGUUGUUCGAGCUUAAACGUCCAACAUGUUGGGCUUCACAUUCUCCCUUUUGGCACUUGCUUUUGCGUUCAGCUACUUUGUUAUCAUUCCUGCGGUCGAGUAUUUCCGUGAUCCCAAAGGACUUCGGAAAUAUCCAAACUUGACACUUCUGUCCGGUUUCUCGGAUGCUCCAUUUAUCUACGAAGCGCACAAAGGCUUUCGGUCUCACGCUUUAUUGAAGGCUCACGAAAAGCAUCCCGUCGUUCGCAUCGGGCCCAAUGCUCUUUCUUUCGGAACCAAGGAGGCCAUCAAGGACAUAUAUGGUCAUAACACAAAAUGCGGCAAAGAUGUGAUGUACAAGGAGUUGGCAGGCUCACAUUAUCAUCUGGCCGAUGUCAUCGACAAGCCUGACCAUGCUCGCAAAAGGAAGAUGUUGUCCAGCGCCUAUGCGAUCAAGAAUCUGGAGAACUGGGAGCACAAAGUGGUCGAUAUGACAGCACGUUUGAUUCGAGCCUUUGACGCCCGAUGCACGUCACCUCUCAAGCAAGGAGAGUGCCCAGCCGAACAGGAUCAGACAAUCGACUACCGGAUGUGGUCGAAUCUGUUCACCGUUUGUGCCAUUGCCAACAUCGGCCUCAGCGAAGAUCUUGGUUUCCUCGACCGUGGAGACGACUUGGUCGAUUCGGAAGCAGUCGACGGUACCAUCAAGAAAGUGCACUUCAGAGAGUGUCUGCAUGCAACAGCUUGGGUUCAAUCGAACCUGGUAUGGUCCUACAGUUGGUUUCAGACCUCGGCCAAGUUGAGCAAGUUGGUGUCACCCACUUACCGUCGUAAGUGGAAAUUGAAUGAAGGUUGGGAUGGCGUUGUUCGUAACAGAGCUACGAAGCGGUUCAAGAGAUAUCAAGCUGGCGAGAAGCUUGACGACUUCUUUACCGCAAUCUUGCACGACAAAUCGGGUUCUCCAAACAACCUCGAAUGGGGGGAAAUGGUUGCAGAAGUCAGCAUCAUGAUGAACGCUGGGUCCGACACCACGGCGAUCGCCAUGAAUAAUGCCAUGUACCUACUGCUCAAGCACCCCCAGCACCUAAAGAGGUUACGGGAAGAGCUCGACGAGACACUCGAGGAUGACGAGAUAGUAGCUCCUUAUGACAAGUUGAAGCAACUACCAUUCCUGCGAGCUUGUCUCGAUGAAAGCAUGCGACUGCUUCCUCCCACCACUUUUGGACUACCUCGUCGCACACCUUCCGAGGGUGCUCCUAUUCUCGGAGACUAUAUCGCUGGUGACACCACUGUCUCGGUGUCCGCAUAUGUUGCGCAUCGAGAUGCCAGCGUCUUUCCAGAUCCCGAAGUGUACAACCCAGAAAGAUGGUUGGGUGAGGAAGGGAAAGAGUUGCAGCCGUUUUUUAUUGCCUUCUCCGCGGGUGCCCGAGGCUGCAUUGGCCGCAAUAUCAGCUACCUCGAGCAGAUGGUAUUACUUGCCUCGCUACUGCACCGGUAUGAGUUUGCCCUUCCGCACCCAGAGUGGGAGCCUACGAGACGGGAGAAUUUCAAUCUAUCGCCCGGACCGAUGCCUUUGAAAGUCUGGAUGAGAAAGAGUGGCGACGAGGCAUGAAAGAAGACAUGGUUGUUAAUGACCUCCUUAUACUGGCGUUCUUGAGAUAGAUUUUUGUCAUGGCUUCUGAGAAUUGAUGAUAUUGACUGAUUCAACCCUUUCAUCACCGUCGCUAUCGUAAUACUGCUGGCUAAAGACGGCUACCAGCCUCGAGAUUGCUACCUCUUUCUUGGACAUUCAUCCACUCUGUACUAUGGACAAUUUUCCACUGGGCAUUACCGUUGACAGGCAACCGCAAAUGUCAAUACUGCUCCG